AAUGAUAGGCCAAACAGUGUUAAGGUCAUUUUUUAGAUUGAGCUCUACUAGUGCCGGUAAACGUUUGUAUUUUUACCAGUUUUCAUUUACAGAAUUCCGCUAACCCAUACCAUCUAGUUUCGCCUAGUUUAUUAAAUUUGAAAGUUGGUCAAAUAAUAAAAUGUGUUCAACAUCCACAAGCUGAUAAACUUUAUGUAUCACAAGUCCAAAUCACUCCUGUUGACCCGGAAUCCGAAGGUCCAGCACCGACCGUUCAAAUAUGCUCAGGUUUAAAAGAUUAUGUAGCUCUUCAAGACAUGCAAAAUCGGAAGGUUGUUGUGCUUGCAAAUCUCCCUGCCAGUAAGUUAAGAGGUGAAAAGUCACAGGCAAUGCUACUUGCUGGAGAAAAAUCUGAUGGUAAAACACCCGGAUCAUCGAUUGUCAAGCUAUUAAGCCCCCCAGUAGAUGCAAAUUUGGGUGAGAAGCUCUCUUUCUACCCAUUUUACGAUGAGUCCUUCCCAGCAAAAUUGAAAUCGAGUAAAUGGGCCCCUAUCCAAAGCUGCUUGAAAACCAACGAAAAGGGACAAGCAGUAUAUGUUACUGAAACUGGGGAGCAGUAUCUAUUGAAAAAAUCCCCUGAAUCUGAACACGGAGCAUUUUGUGAUAAUCUUCCAAAUGCAAUAAUUCGAUAAUUAAAACCUACA